GUGAAGGAAUAGAAGGAUCAACAUGUCGGAUAGUGAAACUGUAUCCUAUGUGAGCGAGUCUGUGCUGGGCUCCGAUUGUGACGACUUACAUGAGUCUUUCCCAGCGUUCAACUGUGGGAAUGGUUCACCUGUGGUACCAGACCAAGGAUGUGUCAACUUUACAAAAGACAGUGGGAAUUUGAAUGAGGUUCCACUUGACUGCAGUGUGCUAGAUCAACCCAAAAUAGAAAAUGUGAACACAAGUGUGCAAGUGUUCCGGUCCUCAGCGAGUGAAUCUUUCCACCUGGAAGAAGGUUGCUCCAAGUUUGUCCAAGAGUCAUCGUCCCCUCAGACUGUUCCCACGUCACACACACAGACUGGGGGGCAUCCAGAUUCUCACACAGUCUGCUCAGAGAGUUUCAAGGGGACUGUUGCUGACGGUCGUGAUGUUAUUCCUAACAGACGGAAAAGUUUUGAUCAUCUUGGUCUCUCAAUUACCAACCUAACUGAUGACAUUGACGGUACCGAUAUUGGCACUUUGUCCUUGAAGGACCAGAUGGAGGUUAGUCGCCCGUCAGAUUGUGGAAGGGGUCUACAGAGCAACAUAUCCAAUUUGUCUGUGGUACACGAUUCCUCAGUUCCGUCUACUCGGGUGGGGGUGGAACAAGCUGACUCUAUAUGUCUGGAGUAUGACACACAGCAUCCAGCUACAUCACCAGCUGGUUCCCAAGAGCCACGAGAUAAAAUCCUCCUACAGCACCAUGAUGUAGGGACGAUAGAUAAAGAAACGGUAAAUUCAAGCGCUCGGAAGCAGGAUCUUAAAGUUCAAGGUUCUUGGUUGAAAGCUAAGCAAAGUCCUCAACAACUGGCAGUCUCGCCUCAAACGUCGCAGGAAGAGCAAGCGUCUCCUCUAUUGUUGGUACCACUCCACCAUAAGAAGAAGCCGAGAUCGUUCUGUGAGCAGACAGCCAGAGAGAAUGUAACAACUGGUGAUAAAUAUUCCUUAGUCUGUGAACCAUCGAGUGGUGCUGCAGACGGGCCACCAUGGCCACACAAACCUUUUUCCCAUGACUGUGGGCUCGGGGACAGCGGUCGUGGAAGUCGAGGUCCACAUCAGACCUCUGUGUGGCCAAACAAGGACAGUUUGUACACAGAGGGUUCCACAGUGCCACCAGAUGAAAGGACAAAGACGAGCUUGACCUCUGCUGUUGACGAUAAGAAAUGUUCAGUAAAUCAGAUGAAAGAAUCCCAGUAUCUGCGGAGUCUUCUCAAACUGUACGAAGGAUAUCUAGGAAGGCCAGAGAGUUUUCCACAGUGUACUGCGUCCCAGCUACUCCAUUAUGAGGGGAGACUGAGAAAACUGAACAGCAGACACGAACAAGAGAAGUGUAGGCUGGUGCACCUGUCCAGGAAACAGGGCGUGUCGGCGGCGGAGAAGGGGAAGCUACGUGACAGGACGAGGGAGCUGAAGGGGAGACACUGGCUGCUGGGUCAGGUGGUCAACACGCACAAACAGGUCAAGCAAAGAUUGAAGUCGGCCUCCACAAAACCCGACCCACAGACAGAGACUCACCAGGCCAUGAAUUCUCAGCGCGAGGUUUGCGACAACCAGGGCAGUGAAGAUUUGUUCUGUACACAGGAUGGGGAAGAUGGGAAAAUAUACGACAGCCUCCGCGGAGCUAGUCAAGACUUAUUUCCUGUUUCAAGUCAAAUGAAAGUCUGCCUGCAAGAGUUACCUGAGGACAUGGGUGACCGUGCGUGGAAGCGGAGGAGAACUGUCGCAGACGAGGGAGAAUCAGGCAUGGGCAAGAGUGUCAGUGCUGUGUCUUCUGUGGAUGGUUCUUUGUCUGAGAGACCGCCCACUCGUGCGGAGAAUAGGAUGUUACCUUUAUCGUACCAGCGGCAGCAGAUAGAGGACACUUCAACAACUAUGACGGUGAACAAAAGUUUGUCGGUGGGAGGAAGUAAUUCAGAAAGAGAACGAUUCAGUCAAAGCAGCCUUCCGUGUGAUUUCUUUGACCCUGCACGUUUGGUGGUACCUCAGGUCCGUCACUUCACCUCUCAGCGUUCACUUCUGGAACAAGCAGGUGGAGGAAUUGUUGACAGUUCUGGUUUACAAAGUGAACCAUUCCCGUCACAAAAAGCAGCUGUGACUUCUGUGAGUAAUGUUACAAGACAGACUCCCACUCAGGUAGACGGAAAUUUGACGAGGUCAGUUGUAUUGCAGUCUAUUGUCACCCCAGCCACAGCAGCCUCUACUCGUUCUUACAACACCACCCAAACAGUCCCUGCUACUUUUUCUAAGACCACCACCCAAACAGUUCCUGCUACUUUUUCUAAGACCACCACCCGCACAGCUAAUGCCACUAGUUUAAGUUUACCCCUGGCUGCUUCAACAACACCCUCAACACAUCAAGGACUCUACGUACCCACACAGACUGAGACAGUGGCCCUUAAAGUUUCUCUCGUCUCAGAACCUACAGCCACAAAAGUCUCUCUGCUCAAGGACAGGACAGCAGUUGCUCCUGACUCACACACACUGAAGGUUGAGGCUCGUGCUGUUCUGCCAGCAGGAAAAGGAAGUUUCACGUGUUCGGAAAAAGACAUCUCUAUCCUGAAUGGGUGGUCACAGGCAAGUCUUGGAAACUCACAAAUCUUUGCCUCGAAAAACCCACAAGCCUCUGCGACCUCGUGCAGACCAAAGACUAUUAUUGUGGUGAGAAAGGGGAACUUGGAGCAAAACUUGGAGAACAAACCUUCUGUCUCUCAGACUGUGGAGAUGAGGAGAGCAGCAGACUAUGCUGAAGACAGACAGUCCGUGACCGCAAACACUGGGGACGAGAUACAUGACCUUGACAGGAUCGUUAAGAACUUGCGUAGGGUGAAAGUUAUUUCCAACAGUGAGGUUACAACUUCUUCGCCAGAUUUCCCUGAAGAGUUCUGGUUGUCCAAGUUCUCUGAUGUUGCGAUGACGCCUGAGUUUUGGCAGGAGGUUGAUGCUUGGUGACCAGACUGGCCCUCACUUCUGCUAUGCUGCAAAAUUCAAUAAAUUAUGUGACAUGGUGGGGAAAUCAGGUGCUCAUCAAAAUAAUGAAAUCAACAUUUUUCUACCUGUUUGGCAAUUUCAUCA